AUUAAUUCUCCGGAGAUCUUAAUUACAAUUAUCUCCGGGAUUUGCACACAAGAAUCCCGGAGAUCAUAAUUAUAAUUAUCCCCGGAAAAAGAGUCAGAAUUCCGGAGAUCAUAAUAAUAAUCAUCUCCGGGAAUUGCAACCAAGAAUUCCGGAGAUCAUAAUUUUAAUUAUCCCCGGAAAAAGAGUCAGAAACCCGGAGAUCAUAAUAAUAAUCAUCAAUAAGUGCAACCAAAAUUUCCGGAGAUCAUAAUUAUUAUCCCCGGGAAUGAAAAGUCAAAAACCCGGAGAUUAUAAUUAUUAGAUUUCCCCGGGAAUGAUUAUGCCAAAGUAUCGCGGCAUUUAGCGAGAUUGAUUUCUUUUUUAAAGUUCAUAGCCGUGGGGACUAAGAGUGUGACAAAAUGCGCGUGACAGAAGAUAUAAAGGAGCAUAUCCGACAAUACCAUCACUUGGGUUACAACUAUAGGUUGAUACACCAUCUUCUAGAAACCAGACAUGAGUGUACCAUAAGUUUCAGUUAUCUGCAAAGGAAGCUGAUACCGUCUCUCGGGUUGCGGAGAAGAGGACAACUUGAUGAUAAUGUGGUCAACAUUAUUAAUCAAGCCACGAGUGAAAUUAGUAAUGGUGUUGCUGGGUCAGAGCAGCUACGAAGGACGUUGUCAGUAAAGCACAAUAUGAGAAUAACAAGGGAACUAAGCAGAGAACUAGUUCGAAUAAUUGACCCAGAGGGAGUGGAAAGACGAAAACGCCAUAGACUGAGACGCCGCCAAUACAUUUCGAGGGGCCCAAACUAUGUAUGGCAUUUGGAUGGAUAUGACAAGCUUGCUCCCUAUGGGAUCUAUAUACAUGGAUGCAUAGAUGGUUUCAGCAGGAAGGUGAUGUGGUUAAAGGCAGGAAUUACAAACAAAAGACCAGAAGUUAUUGCAUCAUACUUCAUAGAAGCAGUCAACCAAGAAGGUGGGUUCCCUCUAAGAGUCCGAGGUGACAGAGGCACUGAAAAUGGAGCAGUGGCAGCAGUUCAAAGAGCUCUUAGGGACAGUGAACGAGCUUUUUUAUAUGGACGAUCCACAUCUAAUCAGCGCAUUGAGAGAUGGUGGGGUUACUUGAGAAAUGCACGGGCAGACUACUGGAUGAAUGAAAUCAAGCUGUUGGAGAGGGACAAUAGAUUGGAAAGGGCAGAUCCUAUACAAAGAUUAUGCCUGCAAUAUGCACUCCUGCCAUUUAUUGGAAGGCAGCUGGAUGAAAUUAAGCAUCUCUGGAACACCCAUUCUAUUCGCAAUCAAAGAGUGGGGGAUACACUUCCUGGCAUUCCGGACAUUCUGCAUACACAAGUAGAAUUAUAUGGUGUGGAAGAUUACAAAAACGCCUGCUCGAUGCAAGAAAUGCAAUAUCUGCACCAGGAAUAUGAAAAUGAUUUUUUAAAUUUAGAUGGAGAAUUUUUAGAGAUAGUGGAGCAGGUCAGAGAAAUAAACAAUCUACCAGAUCCAGUACAAAUUUCCCACUUUCAGGAGGCCAAAGAUCUCUAUGUACAGCUGUCUUCUUACAUAAAUAACUUGUAAUGUUUUUUCUUUAGAAAAAACUGUACCUUGUUCAUUAUUUUAUAUCUGUGUCUUGGUAAUUGUUGAAGUAUUUUGUAUGAAAUCAUAUACAUGUAUCUUCGAAAUAUAUUUAAAUAUAUAUAUAUACCUACCAAGAAACUGUUGACUUGCUAAUGACAAUUGAUAAAAAGCUUGUGUACUUUUAGGUUUCAAAUUCAGUUUUCAUUUUUAAUCACCUACACAA